AUGAGGGGCCUGCCGGGGCCGCGCUCCGUCCGAGUGGCCCUCGCCGUGGCCGCCGCCGCGCUCCUCAUCCAGGUGCUGCGCAGCUGGGCCGCCGCCUCCAGCUCUGCCCGGCGCUUCGAGUUCGACCCGGAGGAGAUCGCCCGCCUCGGGAAGCACCACGCCGGUUUGGACCACGAGCAAGCGUUUUCAAAGAUCAUUGUGGAACUGCGCAAGAAGCACCCUGGUCAUAUCCUGCCAGAUGAGGACUUGCAGUGGGUCUUUGUCAAUGCUGGGGGCUGGAUGGGCUCCAUGUGCCUGCUCCAUGCUUCCUUCUCGGAGUACGUCCUGCUCUUUGGCACAGCAGUUGACUCUGGGGGACAUUCAGGACGCUACUGGGCUGAUAUUCACGACACAGUCAUCUCAGGGACCUUUCGGCAGUGGAAAGAGGGAACAACCAAAAGCGAGAUCUACUACCCAGGUGACACCAUUGUCCAUCACUCUGGAGAAGCCACCUCGGUUCAAUGGAGCGCUGGCACAUGGAUGGUGGAGUACGGCCGCGGUUUCAUCCCCUCCACACUCCCCUUUGCCCUGGCUGACACGGUUUUCAGCACUCAGGACUUCCUCACGCUUUUCUACACUGUACGGGUUUACAUCAAGGCGCUGCUCUUGGAGGCCUACACCUACUUCAGCGACGGCGGCCAGUGAACCCUUGCUCCUCCACUUCCUUCCAGCUGUUCCUCUGGGAAGGGAAGGAGCGCCUCUCAUCCCCACUCUCCUUGGCUGAGCCUUGUGGAAGAGGGCUUGGAGCAGCUCAUGGCCUUGCCUCUGUCCACAUCCACAUGAGGCUGGAGGCAUGGUAGAGAUAUUCCAGCAAAUGAAAAAGAGGGUUAAAGGAGUGUGACAUAUAACCCUUGAUCUAUAUAUUUCUUAAUACCAGAAUGUCUUUCUCUCAUGUAUUUCUGUAAAUCAGGCAUGGGCAAGCUUUGGCCCUCCUUCCAGGUGUUUUGGACUUCAACUCCCACAAUUCCUAACGCUGUUAGGAAUUGUGGGAGUUGAAGUCCAAAACACCUGAAAGGAGGGCCAAAGUAAAUAGAUGUCUGCUGUAAAUAGAUGCCUGCUCUCUUUGCCAUGCUCUGCGAAGUGAUUAUUGGGUACUUUGUGGAAUUAGCAUGACCGAGCAUUCAGGGUAUCUUGUGCUAUACAUAGGAGAAAGAGCAAAAGAACCAUUCUCUUAACAUGUUUACGUGGUCUUGAUAUGACGGAGCCUCCAAAGAUGCAACCCACCAGGUUCUGAUGAUGCUUAGCUUUGGCAUUUUCAGGUGGGCAGGUGCUUGAUCUUCCCCCACCAUACUGAAAUGCAUUGAGGUUGAGCGACAGCAGCAGAGCAUGGAAAAUCUAGUCCUUAAAUUAUAUAUUUGCACUACUGUGUCACACAGACAAAUAGAGACUUCCUGCUAAAUUCACUAUAAUUUCUGCCCCUCAUUGGAUCCCAGCUUCAGUUUUUUACGGUUAUCUUAAUAUUUCUUGGAUUAUCAAAUUCUACAGCACCCUGUGAAGGGGGAAACAUUUGUUUCAAUUAUUUGUUUUCUGUUGACUUCUGUUGGGUUUAUGUUCUGCAGGAGUGGCUUAGAUUGUGUUUUUCUGAAAAAUCAUCCUGUUCUGCUUGUGGAUAGUCAACAAGCCAGUCCUACUACAUUUCUUGAGAAGCAGGUUUGAUCCCUUUGACAUGUUUCCCUGGCCCCUCACUGGAUGGAUCUAUGCGGCUGAACCUAAUCCGGUGUGGCGCAUUAGUUCUCAGUUUGCAUUGCUAACUUGGUUUACCUUGUACAUUCUAGUAGUAAGUUAGAAAUGCAAACCUAAGGCAUCAUUGAUUAGAAUGGACUUUCCUUCUGUCCCCUCACCCAAUGGGUCUCACCUUUUCAGAAGACCUCAUCCGUAUUGAGAGCCACCAUCCAUUGCCUUAACUUAGAGCCUUACUCUGGUGGCCUCUUUAGCUAUGCACGCAUGCACUUAUACCAUAUAUGUGUAUAUGUAUAUAUACCUCCUUGUGUUGAUGUAUCUGUCAGUAUUCAGGUGGCAAUUGUUCCCAAGGAUGCCUUUUCAGUGAGCCCUUUGAUUAGAGUAACACAUGCACAGUUGGUCUAGAAUGUGUUCCUUUUUGUUCUACAGUUCUUGAUACAGUGGAGCUCAGAUUCCAAAUUAUCUAACUUUUAGUUUGAAAUUAAGGUGACAGGACCAAGUCCAGGGAUGAUUUGGAGGGAGUUGCAGAUCUUCUUAAAGGGCUGAGAAGGUUUUAUAGGUAUACGGUAGCAUUAUUCUCCCUGCCUCUUUGACGCUACUGUUUUCUCAACAGAAUCAAAUCUUCCCUUCUUUUUUUGCCCCAUCAUGCCAGGGUUCCCCGGGAAGAAAACUUGUAGCUGAACAAGACAGCAAGAGUUUUGCCAUUCCCCCAACUUUAAAGAAAAAGAUCUUUCCUUCCACUGUUGUCAGGUGGACUGCAGUGUCUUGGUUCAGCUUCAAGGUACCAGCACCAGCCUUAGCAAUAUUGUAAUUCCUAUUCAGCAGGGAGCAGAAUAGAUGUGGGAUAUUUGUAACAACGAUCCCCUGCUACUGUAGUCCUCAUUUCCCUCCAGCAAAAUCAAGCAGACUAUGUGGCCCAAGGUGGUGAUUUCUCUUUAGUGGAUGUGUAGGGUGGCAGGUUGACUAAUGUAAAUGAAAACUUCUUAAGUUGUCUCCCAAGCAGGAGUUGUGUAAAUGUGCCCUUAAGGAUCUUCCUUUGUAUCCUACAAUAAUGUAAUUUCUCUGUAACAGGUAAGGGUGGGAAAUCAGGUAGUCCUCCAGAUGUUAUAAGGCUGCAACUCCCAGUAUUCCUCACAAUUGCCUAUCUUUACCAGGGCUGCUGAGAGUUGCGAUCUAGACACAUCUGAAGGAUUAGUGCAAGGAAAUUCAUGCAGCUCAUGAGCAUAUAUUCUGGCACCGAAAUGGACCCCUUUCUUCUUCCCCACCUUCCUCAUUUGGGUCAAUGUGUGUUGAUGGAUUGCAGAGAGUCAACUUGCUUGCAGUCUCCCUCUGCCCUGGCCUCUGCUAAGCCCCUCUUUGUGGAACAAUCCCAAGGGCAUGCAUUAGCAGCAUGCAAGAGGUGGCCAAUCAUUUACAGUCCCUUCUGUAGCCUUGUAGCUAUCAGGCAGUCGUGUAGCAUGUGUCCGGUUCCUGUCUUGAUUGCUGCAAAUGUGUCUUGAGCGCAUAUCAGAUCUUGGUUGUUUGUUUGCCGACCAUUGUUUGAGAGUCAGUCUGUGUGUAUGAUUGUCAGGGGGGGAAAUACAACGGACCAUGAUUAAACUUGUCUUUGUGUGUC